AGUGGUGUUAUAAAUGUAACAAUGUGAGGAAUAUAGUUUGGAAUGGAUUUUGGAAGACGUUGGAUUUGAGCCGUUGAGAUUGUGGGGACAUUGAUUAAGGUAUAAAGGAAAGGAGAAAAUGCAACAGAGAGAGCGUCUUUGGGUACAUUAAAUUCACUAAACAUAUCACUUUCUCCUUUAUCACAUUACAUCUACUAUGAUGAGGGGUGGUGGUGGACUGGUGGUGUUACCAUUUUCAUUCUGGUUCUCUACAAAUUACAUUGCAUUUCAAGUUUUCUUCCUUCAGUUAGAUAUGGUUAGAGCUAGAGGUGACGGUUAUGCAGGUGGUUCCGCACCACGCGUUCCACCAUAUGUGUCCACUCAUAGAGCACAUGCAGCUGCUCAUGUUGAGCAACCAUUACCACAAUUAGUGAAGAGGAAAAGGAGCAAGAGAUCUCGCACUGGUAAAGGUCCCAACUCCACCGCUGCCAUAAAAAUGCUUUCAAGAGACUUGUUAGUAGAGGUGAUUACAAUUGUGGCCUCACAAUCUAUCAUCGACCUUCACUCCAUCAAAAUGUGUUGCAAAGAUUUUCUUGAUGCUGCUGAAGAUGAUUAUGUUUGGAGAAGAGUUUCUUUGGACACAUUCCCAUUAAUCCAUUGGCUUCCUAAUGACAACACAUCAUCGUUCUUGAACCGUUGCAUGGAAUGUGGAAACAUGGAGAGCUUGUACAGAGAAGGGCUGCGAAAAUAUUUUGAUUAUUCAAAUGGAAAGAUUGAUGGUCUUGAGAUCUUGAAGGUAGCUGCUGAAAAUGGUCACAUGGAAGCCAAAUAUGUGUGUGGUAUGAUUUCACUAUGCUCUGAAAAUGAUGAUUUGAGAAAACAAGGACUUAAGUUCAUGCGUUUUCUGAGGAAGUCCAAGUGUGUUGUAGCUUCGAGAAAUAAAGUGAAAAAAUUAUUGGGCUUUAUGUGGAAAAAUAAUGGAAUAUUGGGGCGCAAUCAAAGUCCUCUAUGUAUCUCCAAAAGCACAUGCAAAGGGUGGAGAGUAAAGAUGGAUAAAUGGACAUUAAUAGAUGAUGAUGAUGAUGAUGUUAUUAGCUCAUAUGAAUAUUGUAGAUGGGAUCAUGAGUUAGAGCAUUUUUACCGGUUGUUCAAUAUUCACUAGUAUGCUUGAAUUUUCAUCUUAGUUGUAUGGGGUUUGCUUUUGCCCUUGGGUUUUUGAAUUUUCUUGUGGUUUUAUGUUGAGAGGUUUGGUUUUUAUGGAUAUUGGUCCUAUGAUCGGUUUGUUUUCACCAUGGCAAUGCCUAUUUUU